AUGAAUGACACUGUAACCGUCAGAACCAGGAAGUUCAGGACAAACAGACUUCUUCAGCAUCAACAGAUGGUUAUAGACGUUCUUCAUCCUGGAAAGGCCACAGUGCCCAAGACUGAAAUUCGAGAAAAACUGGCCAAGAUGUACAAGACAACUCCAGAUGUCAUUUUUGUCUUUGGAUUCAGAACCCACUUUGGUGGUGGCAAAACAAUAGGCUUUGGCAUGAUUUAUGAUUCCCUUGAUUAUACAAAGAAAAAUGAACCAAAGCACAGACUUGCAAAGCAUGACUUGUAUGAGAAGAAAAAGACGUCAAGAAAGCAGCGAAAGGAAUGCAAGAACAGAAUGAAGAAAGUCAGGGGUACUGUAAAGGCAAAUGUUGGUGCUCGCAAAAAGAAGGAAUAA